UUUCAUCCACGAUUUCGUCUGUUCCCCAUGCGAAGAAGAUGACUUGAACACGGAAGCUCAAUAUUUCUGUAAUCAGUGUACGAAAUAUUACUGCGUAAACUGUGUCCCAGUUCACAACAAGCUAUUCAAGAGACACUCGGUGCUCGACCGGACGGACAUGACGAAAUGGGCAGCAGCACCAGGGAUGGUGGACGUCCUCGAGAGAUGCGAGAGGCACCCCGGGGAGGCUCUCAAGCUGGUCUGUGGUGACCAUGACCAGCUGUGUUGUCCCGUGUGCGUUGCCAUGGAUCAUAGACUAUGUUCAUCAAUACAGCACAUUCCAGACGUUGCAAGGGACAUCCGCAAAGAUCCCGGGUUUCGCCAACUACCUCAACAGGUUGCUGUUCUUAGGAAGCAGAUAGAAGAUAUGAAAAACGACCGAAAGAAAAAUAGUUCCUCAUUGAGGAAGACUCGAACAGCCAUUGUUGAUGAAAUCAAAGCAAUUCGUAAAAUGAUCAACGGCAUUCUUGACAAGAUGGAGAAAACAACCGUUCAAGAAUUAGACCGUCUGGUAGCUGAUCAGGAAAUGUCCAUUAAGAAAGAUAUGGAAUCCUGCACACAGAUGCACGAUGAAUUAAAGAACAUCAUAGAUGACAUACAAAGCAAAGACUCAUCAGGCGAACCACCCCUAUAUAUUGGUUUCAAAAAAUGUGAAGAAAAAAUCAAACAAGCAAAAGAAAUUCUGCAAAACAUGUCAAGUGUUGUCAAAUACGAUUUAACUUUUCGUAAACAUAAUGGAAUAGAAGAUAACUUGUCUUCGAUGAAGACAUUUGGCGAGUUAUUCCCGCGAGAUCAUGUAUUCGCUACAGAAGGUUACAAGGAGUACAACGUGAAGAUGAGUUCAGACAAAGAUACAUGUAAUAUUGAAGGGAUAUGUGAACUGCCUGGUGGAGAGAUUGUUAUUACAGACUCCAACAACAUGACAGUGAAACUCCUGGACCAGGAGUACAGGGUUGUCGACCACUGUGAUGUUCCCAUGCUUCCACAUGACGUGUGCCACAUUGGCGGGAAUGAGGUUGCCGUUUGUGUUAACAACUAUAUUGAUAGACAUGAACUUCAUUUCAUUAACAUUACAAAAGGGAAACUUGUGACUACGAGAAAGUUAAGUUUCACCCAUAAUGUUACGCGCGCUCAUCACGGGAACAACCUUUACAUUUCAUCAGCACCGCGCUGUACGUCUAUACGAUGA